AAAGGGGGAGGAGGUUUUGUGUGUGUGUGAGUCUGAAGGAACUGUAAAAGGGGCAGUACACACACUCCGGCUGCCUGACACAGUCAGACCCACUGCAGCACAGGUGAGCCACUUCACCAGCACACGCCAAACAGGAAGGAGCGCUCAAUGCUGGACUUUUACCUGUCGCUGACUGCUGCAGAAGUCCACACCUGUAGCCCUGGAUGUUUAUCCUCGCAGGAGAGGUGGGGUGCUGUUUUUCUUCAGGCUGAUUGUGUUCAAAAACCAAUGAGCAGCCGUCCUACAGACCACGAUGACUCAGCUGUCAUGUCAGGGGGCAUCUCACGCCUGGUGCCGUAUCCCAGGCCUGCAAACAUAUUUGUGGUCUUGCCAAUGUCACUGGUUUUCUAAACAUGAGCUAAAAAACAACCACUGGAAAUAAAAAUAAUAAACCAAGGUUGAGCUGUGGGCUGCUCUCUGAACAGGACUGUAGUCACCAGCAGUUACAGCAGUGACUCACAGACAAAGAAACAAGUCAGGUUCAAAGAGAGGCAAGUCUGAUCAAGGACAAAUACGUGCAAAGACACUUCAUUAUUUCAAACCUGUCCAGAGUGUCCCACUCUAACGGCUUUGAAAGUGGAACAUGACGCUCGAGAUGUUACGGAAUUAUUUAUCAGACAAAGUGGAGGGAAGAUUUUUUUUUUUUCACUGUAAUAUAUAAUUUAUUCCUCACACAUUUUAGUGUGCUCAAGGUUUAUAAUAUGCUUGUUCAAGGGUCUGCAACCUUGAACACCAAUGCAGACACUUUUAUCAUUUUACAACCAAUAAAAAGUUGCAAACACUUUUCAACUUUAUUGAUGACACAGCUGUUGACACUUUAUUGUUGCCUAACCUAUUGUACCACAGUACAAAAUAAUAAAAAAAAGAUGCCAAUUUCUACAUAGAACUAAAACAGAACUUCAGUAUUUACUGCUAUCACAUACGGUGACUUGAAGUCAGUGAGUGAUUAUGUUGAUCUGCUGUUAGCAAGCAAGCCCAACAUUUAGUGCCCAGUUCAAUUGUUGUUCAAAAUGUUGCUACUUGGAGUUAGUCGUACGCUGUCCCUUUAAGAGAUUUGACUGGUCUCUGCUAGAGUUCUUUUCUGGCAUAUUUAUCCGUUUUGUUGUUUCUACUGAGUACUAGAACAUGGAACUCAAGUUGUGCAGCGGUAGCGGUAGCUGCCUGCCAAUAAUACGGUUGUCGGUUUAAUUCCUCCUUGCACCAAAUUCCAAAUGUGUUUGUGUCAGGAUGGGAAUCUGGUAUCUGGUAAACUGUGCUGAAUCACAGAUUACAAAAAUGUGGAAAACAGCGGUAGCAAACCGCGGCUCAGGAACAAGCCACAGUGAUGCUUCUGUCACGUAGCAGGGAGUAGACUGUUUGUUCAUUAAACUUUCAGGGUCAACUGAGAAGCAUUCUCCCUUUUGUGCCGUUCCUCCCUGACAUGUGAUUGGCCACGGUCACUUUGCCUCCCUUAUCAUCAGAUGUGGAAAUAAAGCUAAUUAUACUUUGGAUUUAUCGCACACUUCUCGACAUCCAAGUCAGAACAAAUUGUGACCUUAGUUCCUUUUUAUCAAGGCAUUUUUUUUAUCAUUGAUGUUUAUGGCGUCGUCUCAUUUCUAACCAUUAAACAUUUCAGCUCGACUAAAGGUCAGGCUGGAAAACUUUCAAUUUCCCUGUAAUCAAGUUUAAAGGUCGGCCUGUUUUUAAAGAAUGGUUCUGGAUACCCGAUAGAGUCCGCUGUGGCACUGUGUAUUUCUUUUGGAGUGUUUUUAUUUUUAAUCACCAUUAUUAUUGUAGUGUAGUGUUGUUAUACCGAGCGUAAUGAUAUACACUGGCAAAGGUAUUUGUUUGGAGCUGAAAGCCAGUACAGAACAUCAAUAAAUCACCUCACUUCUCUUCAUUACAAUAACACAACCACAGUGUUUUGAUGCUUUACUGUGACAUUAAAUAGUAAAACCUGUCUCCCUGUCAUUCUUGUAGGUGAACCCGAUCGCGACAAGGACAUGCAGCCGAUGUCAUCACACUAAAAAUCUGCCAAUCAGAACAAUCGGAACUCACAGUACUGAAUGUUGAAGCCGAAGGCCAAGAAUCGACUCGGUUCACGAUCCAUCCUUCAUCCCGGGUGCAUUUCAGCAUGAAUCAAAUUUGUCGCCAAGAAAAAUAAGUAACUUUCCUUGACCACUGGGGUUCUUUGAUUGAACACGUGAAAGAGACUUUGGGAGCCGUAUCUGGCAACAUACCGCAAAAGAAAUAACAAAGGAAACUCCAGUAAAGCAACUCGGACUGACUGCUUUGAAGCUCUGAAUACAAAUCACUUGGUGGAAUGACCUUUGCAGAGUGAAAUGUUAUUCCUCACAUGCAACUAACAGCAGGAAGUGCUUAAUACACAGCCAGCCUCCUCUGCAGAGUUAUGAUCUCCAGGAUAAAGGGCAGAUCAUUUUUUCGGAGAGAAAAAUAAUCUGCGUGCCGGAGAUAGGGACGCAGACGAGAAAGCAUGUUUUGGUGACCAAAAAUAGCAGAGGAGGGAGACGAACGUCUGGGAAAAGGAAGAAAAAAAAAGACCAAAGACAUGUAAAAGAAACUGUGUUUCAUCCAAAAACAGAUUAUUCUGAAGAGAGCACAACAAACCAGCGGAGCUUUUCUGGUUGUUGUCCACGGGAAGUCGUCCAAGACACAAAGCCCUGGCCCUGCUGGGAGGUGCUGCGAGAUAGAGAGUAACACUUCAUGAAGAACAAAGAGAGAGAGGAGUGAGCACAUGCCUUACAUCAGUUCUCAGCUGAAUGUUUGGAGGAAGAACUCAUGAAGUUGGCACCAUGACCAGAAGCAGUAACCUGGAGAGCUGAACUACACUCUGACUUUCGGCUUUUUAUUUGUGUGUUUACCAAACUUUCCUGCUGCCUGCCAGCGAGAAGAAAACUUUCAUUUUCCAACUAGGUUGGUGGUUUCGUCUUAUCAGCAAAGGAGGAGGAGAUUUAUUUGACAAAAGCAGAGCUGUCAUAUUUCCUACAGCUGUAGGUUAUUUUCUUCUGCAGCUGCAGCACAGGCAGUUAAGUGUGGGUAGUGAUGGAAAUGAAGACGGAACACGCAGCUAUCAGGAGAGGAGUAAGCUGGAGUCCGGGAGGAUUGAGGAAACCUCUCCAGGCAACACAAGACGUGCACACUCCUGGGACAGAGUGCAGUGCAUUAUGGGGGAAGACAGACUUCAACAAAGAACAGAUGAGCCAGAAAACAAAUUUGACCCGCAGCGCGAGUUUAUCAGAGAAGGAGCUGAAAGACGCCAGAGUCCGGAGUCACCUCAUCGCCUCUCAGCUCACCGUCCCUUCCAACUCAAACUCUAGAGGCGUGCAGCUCUUCAACCGCCGCAAGCAGAGAGUCAGCGCUUUCACACUUGAAAGCAGUGGAGGGAGGUCACAGGAGGACAAGGAGCAGAGUGUGAAAACUGACCCCUCGACUAACAAACCGACAUGUGCAGAGAGGAACAGUGAAGAAAACGACAGGAAUCUCAACUUGAAGAACGGCUCCACCAAAAUACUUUCCCCAUCACCUUUAAGAGUACCUGCAGUGGGUGAUAUCAUGGAGGAACCAAAUAAGAACUACCACACAGAGGACUUGAAGGACAGCAUUAUCCUGGAGCGACACUUCCUCCCUGUCAAGGAAGAGCAGGAGGAGGAGAUUCAGGAGAGCAAAGUGGAGGAUGAGGUUUUCAUCGAAACUAAAAGGGAUCCGGUCGUGAUGGGUAAUGUUGAACGGGAGGCCAAAAUCAUCGGGGGUCAAACAGAGCCGGCUCCCUUUACAGUGACUCUUAACGGCUGCCACAGCACGUCCACAUCUGACAGAGUGAGCACCAUCGUCAACAGAACUGCCAGGCCGUUUUUCUCCCCACCACCAGUGCAGUCUCCAGAGGCAACCAGCCCAACCAUGGGCAUCCCUCCCCCUCCCUCAUAUGACACCCCUCCUCUGCCUGCAUUCACUGCUCCACAACCUGUGACAUUUUCACCUCCACCUCCACCACCUUCAUAUCCCACACCACCUCUGCCAGCUUUCACAAACCAACCCCCACAGGCUUACUACACCAGCCCUCCUCCGAUGUCUCCUGUCAAGUCGCCAACCUCCCCUCCGCCAUCUCAGAUUCCGGCUUCUUCUAUAUCACGUUAUCCACCCAUGCCUCAUUACGGCCCUCCCACAGCCCCGAAACCAUCUACCUCUGCGCCCGAGCCCAUGUCAGAAAGAAAGACGGUUUCGCCAAUUAAAACAGGUGUACUUGAGGAUGGUACCACGAGAAGAGCAGCACGGAAGUCCAUGUUCACAUUCAAGGAGAAGCCAGUGGUAGCUCCAAACCCUGAGCUGCUGUCUCUGGUGCAGGGUGUGGACGAGAAGAAGAAACACCAACACAGAUCCGUGCCUGAGCCCACAUCUGAGGAAGAGUUGAUGGCUCUGGGUGCAGAGGCGUCCAACUUCCUCGCCAAAGAAGAGGCCCGGGUCGAGGAAGCUAAAGCACCAGAGUGGACCUCGUGUCUUAAAAGCUCCAGAACCAAACCCAGGGCAGAACACAGGCCAGAACAAAACCUUACCAACGUUUCUGGAAAGGGGGCUGAGCUGUUUGCCAAGCGUCAAUCCAGGAUGGAGAAAUAUGUUAUUGAGAAGCAGGAUGCCAAUAAAAUGCGGGCUCCAUCUCCUACGAUGUCUCUGCCGCCUUCCUGGGUUUACCCAUCCAACAUGCCUGGCAGAGUCAAAGCUAUUGUUAAGAACACGGACAUUAGUGCUCAGCUUUCACACAACCCAAAGACCCAGCAAGUGGCCAAGCCAAAACAAAGACCAAAAGCUCCGGUACCAGAGCCAGCACCAGAGCCGUUAGAGAACGGAUGCUCCAAGAUAGAGAUGGAUCUGUCAAGGCACCAGCCUUACCAGAUCGACCCAUCCCUCUUUACUUUUAGCCCGGUGCAAGAACCACUGAAAUAUCUACCCAAAAGAGCACCACAGAAGAACCAGAAGUUCGGAAAACCCUUGUCAAGACAUGCAUCUUUACCAAGCAACCCCCCUACUCACUACAGACCCCAGUGCAUGUCUCCUCAGCAGAUGCCUAGCCCCAGAGGAGGAGCUGAGCGCGAGGAAACUCCGGUCCUGGUGCAGCCAAGGAUCAGUUCUGCUAUGGCUGUGUUGUCUCCUGAAAGAGAAUCCUCUCCACGAUGUGCAAUUCAAGCACCGAGACCCACAUUUUGUGCCAAAAAGGCGGGACUUGAAGCACAGACACCAACAGAUUCAGCCACAGUUGAGACCUGUCGUGAGACUACCCAGCCGACCAGGACCCCGAGUUUCACCAGAAGUUCCAGCAGCCCAGAGAGUACCACCUCAGGAACCUGGACCUCCAGCCUUCAAAUUAAUUGCCCCUCUAACACCACUGCAUCCAGCGCCAAUCGCUCAUUCACUGCUCCCAUGUCCCCUCCUCCAGUAACAAGAUGUUUGUCUCCACUGACCAAUCAAAAUACCCACAUUUCCAAUACUGAUCCCACUCCUAUCUUCAGACCUACGGUCACAUCUCCAUGCUCACCCAGGUGGGGGUCCAGAUGCCAGUCUCCGGCAAUUAGCAAGAACACAUGCUCUAGUGUCUCAAAUGCAACAUCCAGACCAACAUACAAAUCUACAACAACAUUCCCCGCCUCACCUCCGUGGGGGUCAAGAUGUCAGUCUCCAAUAGUAAGCCAAAAUACAUCCACUAACAUCUCUAGUUCCAUGUCCAAACCUUCCCAAACCACAUCUCCCAUCUGUCCUCCUUGGGGUUCAAGAUGUCAGUCCCCGAUGACUAGCCCAAGUGCCACCACUGCCAACUUCAUUUCUCCAUCCAGACCUUCUCAAACACAAUCUGCCACAUCUCCUGUAUCUCCUCCGUGGGGCUCAAGAUGUCAAUCUCCAAUGGUAAACCAGAGUGCUGCCAUUUCCAGUUCUACAUCCAAACCUUCACCAACAACACCCUUAACCACAUCCCCUAUGUCCCCACCUUGGGGUUCACGUUCUCAGUCCCCAGCCCCGUCUCACUCCAGCCUGUCCUUCUCCACCACUAAACCGCUGUACACAUCUUCUGCCACCUCCCCUAUUUCCCCAAGCAAAGACAGUCGUUGCAUGUCCCCCAUUGUGAAUAAUUUAGAUUCUAAACCCAACCAUCGCCUCCUGGCAAAGAAUAUCAUCAAUGCAGCCAAACGUAAGAACAGUCCUUCCCCUGGUGCACUCAGUGGUCACAGCUUUCCCAUCUCACCUUUGGGGAAUUCGCAUCAUGGCUACGACUGUCAAAAAUCCCCCACAAGCCCCUUCCAGUCACGAGCACUGGGGGCCCGGUCCCCCAUCUUCACCAGCCCGCCUCCCACUCCAACACAGAGGAUCUGUUCCCCGGUGAGGCUUUAUAACACUCGCUCCCUCACGGACUCUGACGCCUCCAUCGAGUCUGAAGACUCGGGCCUUCGGUCACCCGGCCUUCACUCGUACAACACAUGUCCCCGAGGCUGGGGCGGAAGCCUGAGGGUGAAGAGAAGCACUGUUUCCACUGAUUUGUGAGAAUGUUGUGUCAGUCGUGAAGCAACACUCCCAAGAUUUGUAGACUUUUCUGUCAACGCAGCAUCAACAUGAAAAAAAAAUGUGAUGCAAUGUUUUUUUGGGGAGAUUCCUACUGUAGUGCAGACUGACGAGAACAAGCGUCUUAAUUAAUGGCUGUGGCUUAUACGCUCAUAAAUACCAAAAUGUGCAAAAUACCCAAAGAUUAAAUACUCUCUACUUUUACACGAAACAAAACAUGUCUUUGCAGUAACAACAGUUUUACACUGUUAGAGACCAAUUUUAAAGUCAUGGCCGGGUCACAUGUAGUGGUCAUCAUGUAAAUACAUAUCUCUAUUUAACAUGACUAUGCAGUAUGUUGCUCAUGCAUCGCUCUGUGUGCUGUAUUGAUAAAGGACCAUAUUUAACCAAGCAGAGAUUUAAAAGCAGUAGUGAUUGAGCAGAUCUUUGGUUAAGUUGGUUUUCAUAUUUUUAAUGACAAAAUACAGGGGUGGGCAGGACACACGGUAUUCACAUAUCACGCAUGGUGGAAGUACUCACUGCAGUAUGUUAUCCAUUUAAGUCUGCGGAAGAUGACAACGGAGACUUAAUUAUCACGGUGCAAUAUUUACUUUAACACAGUGCACAGUAUAUGUGUUGCUUUAUGUAUUGCAUCUGCUUAAAUGAAUGUAAGGCUUUGUAGACAAGUUCUGAUGAAUGACGGUGUCAAGGAUGUGUCGAUGAAACGGUUCUGUACGUGUCAGAUGGAGCAGAGACAUUUCUGCUGAAUGGAGCACUCUUUUGAUUUUUUGCAGGAAUAAUCCGAGGUGUUUUAUGAUGAUUGCAAAGGAGAUCAAUGACCAAAAUGGGCAAUGAGUUGUCGACGUUUUUGAAAGCUUUAGAUAUUGAUGUUUACGCCUCUUAAGUUUUUUGGAUAAGUCAGUGUUUUCUUGAAUCAGUUAUGUCACUCAUCAGAAGAAAAAAAACUGUGGAAGAAGGCUACGCGCUUGAGAUGUGUUUGCGGACAGAGGAUUAGAAGGAAAUGUUUACUUUAAAUACAUUUAAGAUGUAAAUUCUUUGUAUCUGAGAUUUUUUUUUUUAUACCUGAUUUGCACUUCUGUUCUUUCCAGUUAAGCAGCUAAUUGUGCAGCGUUUGACAUUCGAUUUGCUUAGAGGUGACAUUUACAAAUAAACAGCCAGAGACCAGCAAAUUAAUUUUUAAAAAAUAUUACAAACAUUUCUGCAUUAUGCAACAAGUUGUUAUGAUGUGGGUCAAUCCAGGGCUGGCUUUCUAUUUUGAAUGUGGGAUAUCUCCAUGGGCCAUGGUACACCAUUCCUGUCCUGGCAAGUCCAGCAGCAGAGCACACAACAGAUCAUUCUCUCAUUUCCUACCAUGCAGGCCAAACACAUCAGCAUAUUUAUAAAUAUUUACUCCAGUGUGCGUCUGGAGUGACAGGGACACUUGCUGAGGGAUGACCUGGCAACUUCAGCAGGUUCCAGCCUGUAACUGUCACGGAUUGGUUUCACCUCGUUUAACGUGCAUUUUCUCAUUACACCUCACAGUAUAUGUCAUAACUGUAUCAUUACUGAAAAGAUUGCAAAAUAAUAAUAAAAAAAAGGAAUGAUGACACACAGAUUGA